AUGCUUGCGUCGCUCGACGAGCUGGACUCGAUGCCCCGGCGUGGCUCGCUGCGCGGCUCUCGCGGCCUGACACGCACCUCACCGCCGCACGACACACUCACAGAUCGCUCAGCGGAACGUGUGGGUCUAUCUCACGGCCUGGGCUCUGUGGGCGCGGGCGCAGAGGCAGCAGGCGUCUUCGAAGGAGCUCGGGCGGCGCGCCGCUCUUCUCGCACUCGACACUCGUCAGCAUCGGCCUGACGGAAGGCAUCACGCCGCCUCUGAGCCUGCCGCUCAGCUCCAUGCCUGGCAGCAACAUGACUUCGGCGAGCAUUGAGAGCAGCAACGUCGUCAGCGCCGGCCUGGCCGCUGGCCUGGGUGUCAAUAUGGCUGCUGCAGCGCUGGCGAAUUGCCUGCCUGGCGGUCCGUCGGGGCUGGGAAGCCUGACAGAGCCGCGCUUUGCGCGCACAAGCAUCAGUGGCCCGUCGGGCACGCCUCUGGACCUCUCGGCCGCGAUCGGCAGGUCGUUCCAUCUGACCGAGUCGCAGCUCAACGGCAGCGAAACGGUCAGCCCCAUCGACUCGAUGCAGUCCGACCGGCCCAACUUCGAGGACCGGCCCGUGAGCGCUCAUGCCGAGGCGGACCUGGCGCGGCGACGCACCACUGGUGGCCUCGCAGCCGGCAGGGAGCGGACCCCGGGCAAGCACGGCAUGUCCUCUGACCAGGCGCGCACGCAUCGCCGCUCGGGCACUCACGACCCUCGCGGCUCCACGCACAACCCUAGUCGGCCAUUCGACUCGUCUGGCUCCGCGUCUGCACGCUCGGGCAUCUACGGCGCGCACGGCUCGUCCUUCGCUGGCACGUCCAUUGCCGAAGACGAGCACUCGUACAGCCAAGGCGGCGCUGGAUACGCCAGCGUCAGUGGCUCGGAGAGCACCAGCGGGCACAGCAACGGCGCGCAGGCCUCCGGACGCGGCAGCACGCUGGCCGACACGCCCUCGCUGGGUAACAAGGCCAUGCUCUCGCCCGACGCCCAGAGCCGCGGCUCGUACCUCGGCGACGGCGGGCCCGGACCGCAGCUGCGCGGCUACGGCCCGGCGGGCGCGGCGCGCGGCGACGAGCAAGCGCUCGGUGCUCUGGCCAUCGGUCUGGCGGGCAUGAGCGGCGGCGGUCACUUCGGCCCGCAGGUGCGCGCCAAGAUUGCCGGCGUGCUGGACACGCUUCUUGCAGGCGUGCCGCUGCUCGAGAGUGCCGGCGAGACGGUCUCCAUCGCCGAGUACGGCAGCCUCAACUCGCGCUCUACGCCGUUGCUGCCACACGUCAUCUCGCGUCUCGCAGAGCGCGCACAUGCGCGCCGGCCGCAGCAAGCUGCCGCUCCGGCACCGAGCAGCGACGGUGACCUUCUCGGUCAUCCACGAGGACUCGCCGCAGACCGACUUCCGGCCGCUCAUGCAGUCGCUCGAGUCGCAGAGCGACUCGUACCUCGACUCGCACUGGCAGGCGGCGCACCAGCCUUCGCUGCAGAACUGCAUCUUCCCCUCGUUCGUCACGCGCGGAUUUGCCACUCGCAUUGCGCCGCCGAACACCAUGCACGUCGGCUUCUCCCUCAUGGACCUGCACUGGGCGCACACGCCGCGCAACCCGGAAGUCUCGCUGGCGACGACGGCGCACGCCGAGCUGGCUGCGUUCCUCUCUGCGCGCGCUCACGAGUUCCGCCCUGGUGGCGUCUUCGUCAUGGCCUUCAUCGCACGCAGCGAGGACCAGAGCGCGCCUCCGCCUGUUGCGGAAGGCUCGCCGCUGUCGCGUCCGCCGCUGACGCCGAACGAUGGCACGGGCAUGCCAGAGCGCUCGCGCUCGCGCUCCGCAUCUUCCGCCAGCUCGCCGGCCCGGCGCCCGCACGGCGACAUCUGGACGGCGCUGACCAACACGCUGGCGCCGUGCAUUCAGCGCCUCGUGUCGUGCGGCAUGCUCAAGGCCGACGUGGCGCGCCACAUGCUGCUGCUGCCCAUGCACCCGCGCACGCCGCGCCAGACGCGUGCCGUGCUCAAGUCGGUGCGCCACUUGUGGAGCGUCGAGUGGAGCUGCGGCCUCGGCGACGACUCUGCGCGCCCAACGCAGUCGCAGCCCGGCAGCGUGGCCAACUCGCCAUCGACGAGCGUGCCGCCGGUCACGCCUCGUCGUCCCUCCUGCGCCUCUUCGCUGCCGAGCGAGGUGGCGCCGCUGCGUCUGGCGCACCCGGCCUGGAAGGCCUACCGCGCCGGCACGCUGCCGCGUGUCAUCUUCAUCGAGCACCUGCUGGCGCUCUUCAAGAGCCUCUACGAGGGCCACAUGCGCCUCGUGCUCAAGGACAAGGGCAAGCUCAGCAAGGGCGCCUGCGAGUUUGUCCUCGACAGUCUCUGGGACGUGCUCUCGAGCCGCCUCGACGAUCAGGGCACGUCGCCCAUCGACGAGAUCGAGCUCGAGGUCACCGUCUGCGCCCUCAAGCGUCUCUAGCGCCCCGCUUCGCACUACGUCUCUCUUCAGCUCGCAUAUACCUCCCCCUCACCUGACUCGCACAUGCUGUCUGGCCUUGCAUGCACUCUGCAACCCCUUCUCCGCCCGCCUCCCACACGUCUUAUCUGUGUCGCCGCGACUCAGGGCACCCCGUCACCCACCGCUGAAUGCAAGUCAUCGUCUGUUGCCUGAGGCAUCGGCGUGCGAGUGGACGUCUCGAGCGGAACAGCGUCGGUCGGAGGCAAGGCCGCAUCGGCGGGAGCAUCUCAUGCUGCACCCGUCUGCGCGUUGCUCUCCACGGCAAGCUCAGUCGGUCGAAGCAUCUCUGCCGCUGGCACACAGUCAGGUCGAGGUAGUCUAU